UAGUCUUGUAUCAAAUUUGAAACCUGUUCAAGUCUGUGUUCACAAGUUUUAGCACAUUUUUGAACUAAUAUGCGAAAGGAAUUUGGACUGAUUUUACAUCUUAAGAAAUAAACUAUAAUAAAAUAUUAUUACCUGCGCUCUUCGUACGUGUUAAGUUUUGAACCAAAAAUCAUCAGUCAUUGAGGUAUUAAGAGUUUUGGUUGCCCUGAAAACUUCGAAUAUGUCUGCAGAACGAGAACCAGGAGUACCAAGCACUGAAGGAUUCGGAGACUGCUGCAUUCGGGUGAUCGGAUUCCCGGAGAAGUUCCUCUCCAGUAUUUUCUACAACUACGGCAAAAUGGUUGCCAGGAACCCCUGGCCAGUGCUAAUAGUGUCUUUCCUAAUCCAGGCACUGUUAGUGCUGGGGUUGCUCCGAAUCGUCACCGAUGAGUUCAAACAGGAAGACACUGUGACAGCUUUCCUCGCCAGAGGCACCUGGAUUGGAGACAGUCGGGACUGGUUCCUCGAAAACUGGCCAGUGACUUUUGACAACUAUUGGCCUGCUCAUUUGUAUGACCUUCCUGAAAUGUUCGUGCUCUACGUUCAGGCGAGGAACGUAGGUGAUAACGUUCUGGAUGCGCAGGGUAUCGCGGAGAUAUUCCAGUUCUGCGGUGCGUUUGAGACAGUGACUGCUAAUGUUGGAGGAGAGGAUUUGACAUAUAGUGAUGUUUGCGCAACUUGGAAGGAAAGUUGUCAGCGAGCGUUCGCUUGUUCCGGUCUGCUCCAAACUGCUCCACAGUUUUCACCUCCCUUCAUAACCUCAGCAUUGUUGCCGAUUCUUAGCAUCAGCAAUGAAGUAGUCUCAAAUGAGACAGUAAGAUUGUUAGCCAAUAAUUCCUUGGUGCCGGAAGAACAGGUAUCGGGUGCUUCGCAUAUUGUGCUGUACUGGUACACGUACAAAACCAGCCAAGCUGAAGAAUGGAGUGAGAAAGUGUUUGGACAAUUGGACGAAAUGAGGAAGGGAUUCACGAAUGCAAACUACUAUUUGUACAGCUAUGCCAAAGGUCGCCAAGAAGACACUGAAAAUCUUGAAAAUGACUUGCCUUUACUGGGAGCAGGAGCUGGACUUCUCAUAGUUUACUGUGUAUUAGCCACUUUCAACAUGAAGUUCAAAGGUCACAGACUUCCUCUGACCCUAUUGGGGAUAUUCUCCACUGCAUUGUCGCUUGGGGCUGCAUUUGGGAUUAUGAUUGGCGCUCAAGUGCCAUUCAUCGCCCUAUCCGCCAUCAUUCCCUUUGUUGUAUCAGGAAUCGGCAUUGACGCCAUAUUGGUUCUGAGCACUGAGUGGGCUAAUCUAUGGACAAUCUCAAACCCAGUGGAGAGAGUGGGACUGACCAUGGAGAGGAGCUUCAUGGGAGUAUCUCUGUCCCAUUUGACCUCUCUCCUCGCAUUCCUGGUGGGAAUGAUAUCUCCAUUUCCUGCUGUGGACUACUUGUGUGGGUACAUGGCUGUGUGCAUCACUCUUGCGUGGUUUGGAGAAGGCACCUUCUUCCUGGCCUGCCUCUGUUUGCACGGAAGAUGGGCAAGAGAACACAAAGGAGACCAGAACGGGAAGACAUAUGUAGUGGCAAAUGGCAAAGGGAACAGCAAAAAGCAACAUCAAACAGAGGACGAACCGGAUAAUGCUCUUGAGAAACCAGUACUCGACUUCAACUCCACUCCUAGCGAAGUAUGCUCGACUAACCGAGAUAUAAGCAUCAUUGAAUCAGUUCUCAUGUGGAUCCUUCCACGUUUCGUCGUGAACAAAUACAUCAAGUGUGUGAUCAUAUUUGGACUAGGAGUUGGCCUGGGAUUGGCUAUCAUAUCCGUUUACAAUAUACCACGAGAGGAGUUUUACUCGAUUUACUACAAGGAGGACUCAUCGAUUGGCGAGUUUUAUGACGCGAGAAGAAAUGACUACCCGUUCCCUGUAAUUCUCCAGUGUGUGUUUGACAAACAGUUGGACUAUUCGAAUAAUGCGACUAGACAGAUCAUCGAGGAUUUCUUUGCUGAUUUGACAGCCACUGGAUACUUUGAAAAAAUGGAGACGAAUUGGCUGAGCAUGUUUGAACAAUUCUACACACCUGUGACAUUCGGUCUGUCUAGCCAGAUUGUCCCUAUUGCCGAGGGAAACGAGACUGCGUACACUCGACAAGUUAACACAUUCCUCAACGCUUACCUCCCAUCACCUAACUUACCUGUUUUCGCAUUCCUCAGAUGGCUGGCAGAUGAUGUUCGUUUCAACGAUGACUUAACCAAGAUAACUGUGGCUAGAUUCUACAUAAAUCUGAUCGUGUCCACUUCUGGUGCUGCGGAGUCGAACGAGAAGAUCUUAGAUUCUCUGAAGGCCGUUAUGGACAUGUAUGGCGACUCCCUCAACCCGCAUGCCUACUCCUUCGUUCUGUCUGAGUUGGAGAGGAAUGUGCUGCUAAGAGGAGAAGUGUGGAUCUCCAUCUCAAUCGUAGCCGUGGUGGCCAUAGUGGUGACUCUGUUCUUCAUCCCCUCGUUCACAGUGUACAUCCUAGUGCUGCUCUCCUUCUUCGCCGCCAUGUUGAGUGCCAUGGGACUGAUGGGUGCAUGGGACCUGACAUACUCACUCUCCACCUACGUAGAGAUCAUGCUCGGAUUCGGGCUAUGCAUCGACUAUAUGGCCCACAUGGCAAGGGGCUUCAUGGUUGCCGAGGGAUCAACUCCCCAGCAGAGAGUGAGAGCCGCUUUGAGCUCUGUGGGUGUGGCAAUGAGCAACGCGGUUCUAACCUCAGUUCUCGGCAUUGUGAUGCUAGGCGCGGCUGCAAGUUUCGCUAACAGGAGUUUCUUCCGCUCUAUGUUCUUGAUUUUUCUCUGCAGCUAUCUUUUCGGAGUGUGGUUGUUGCCCGCUGUGCUGUCAGUUGCGGCACCACAAAUUGCAGGCAGGCAGACCAGAAAAAAUCAAAAAUCUAACGCUCAAUUUCUGUCGAAAGAGGCAGCCCUUCCUACAGGCAUUAACGAGAAGCCCUUUUAUGACGACGACAAAUAUUCAGCUUACAUCGAAGCUAAAGCUGAAGAAAACCCAAAUUACGUGGAAGAAGCGUUUUGAAGUGAAAAUCUGACAGCACAUUGACAUUAUCGUAGAAGGGAAAACUUUAAAUAAUUUGAUUAUUUGAAUUUUUGUACAGAUUUUUUUUCAAGUUUUCAAUUAUAGUGUGCAUAUUUGGAUAAAAAUUUUUUGCUCAUUUUUCAUUUGUAAUAUUGCGAUAAAAAUUGUUUCCUAAAUAAUCUUUUGUAAAUCUCUUUCUUUAAACGAAUUUGAAAUGUAUGUAAUAUCACAGUGUAAA